GUUUUAAUGAAGGGUCUACUUGGUGGGCUCUUAGCAGGAUUAAGGCGUAUUAGCAACAUUGGAGAGUUGUAACCGCCCCUGCAGAAUUUGGAGCUCUGAGUAGAGGAGGGCGGUCCAGAGCUGCAGUGGAGGGACGGUCUCUGUCAGAAAAUCCAGCCCAGAGUCGGGAAGAACUCUCUCAACCUUGGUCUUCUCCGGCCGCCAUUCUCCCUGGUGGCUGAACUCAACAGGGCAGGGAGCCCCAAAGUGCAGUGCUCAGGCCCCAGGACAGGAGGCGACCCUGGGCCAAAAAAAAACAAGCACUUGGACCUUACGUUCAUCGUCACCUUCUCGUCUGAGAUUUUGGAGGAAUUUUCAGUAACCUGGAGUUCUCAAAAUGUUUGCCAAAGCAACACGGAAUUUUCUUAAGGAAGUUGAUGCUGGAGGUAAUCUGAUCGCAGUAUCAAACUUGAAUGACUCAGAUAAAUUACAACUUCUAAGUCUGGUGACCAAAAAAAAGAGAUACUGGUGCUGGCAGAGACCCAAGUACCAGUUUUUAUCUGUCACUCUUGGAGAUGUACUCACAGAAGACCAGUUUCUGAGUCCAGUGGUCGUGGAGUCGGACUUUGUGAAGUACGAGGGCAAGUUUGAAAACCACGUGAGUGGGACCCUGGAGACAGCCCUGGGGAAGGUCAAGCUGAAUGUUGGCGGCAAAGGCCUCGUGGAGAGCCAGUCCUCCUUUGGAACCCUGAGGAAGCAGGAGGUGGACUUGCAGCAGCUCAUCAGAGAUGCCCUGGAGAGAACAAUCAACCUGAAGAACCCGGUACUGCAGCAGGUGCUGGAGAGGAAGAACGAGGUCCUGUGCGUCCUGACGCAGAAAAUCGUGACGACGCAGAAGUGCGUGAUAUCUGAGCACGUCCAGAUCGAGGAGAAGUGUGGCGGCAUGGUGGGGAUCCAGACCAAGACUGUGCAGGUGUCAGCGAUGGAGGAUGGGAACUUCAUCAGGGACAGCAAUGUGGUGCUGGAGAUCCCAGCUCCCACCACCAUUGCCUACGGCGUCAUCGAGCUGUACGUGAGGGCAGACGGCCAGUUCGAAUUCUGCCUCCUACAAGGGAAGCAUGGUGGCUUUGAGCAGCAAAGGAGAAGCAACUCUGUCUUGCUGUACCCCCUGCCCUUCCCAGAGUUUGCGUUCUGGGACAUGCCAGAUGCCGGGCAAGGGCUGUCUGCCCAGGAUAAGCCACUGAGUGUUUUAAAACAAGCCACUCUGCUCUUAGAGAGGAAUUUCCAUCCCUUCAUGGAGUUGCCCGAGCAGCAACAGACAGCCCUGAAUGACGUCCUCCAGGCAGUCCUGUUGGAUGAGGAAUUACUGGUGGUCCUGGAACAAGUGUGUGAUGACAUAGUCGGCAGCCUGUCACCCUCACUGGUGACACUGGGGGAGCUGAAGCCGUCACAGCAGCACAACCUCACGACCUUCCUGCGGCUGGCGGGGUGCAGUGUGCAGGGCGAGCGUCCGGGCUCAGAGGAUGUGGUUAACAACCAGAAACUCUUCUCUACAGCCUACUUCUUGGUCAGUGCGCUAGCAGAAAUGCCAGAUAAUGCAGCAGCUUUGCUGGGCACUUGCUGUAAGCUCCAGAUAAUUCCUCCACUGUACCACCUGCUCCGUGCUCUGUCUCAUGAUGGUGUGUCUGAUCUUGAAGACCCAGCUUUGGCUCCUCUGAAAGAUACAGAAAAGUUUGGGAUCGUGCAGCGUCUGUUUGCUGCAACUGACAUUAACCUGGAGAGAAUGCAAUCAUCCGUGAAAGCUGCCAGCAGGGAGGACCCUAACGUCUUAUCACUGAUACUCUACAUCAGUCUGAAUGGACUCUGUGCUUUGGGCAGAGCACAGUAACAGUGUCAUGUGCGGAUUACAGGUACAGGCACACCUCAUUUUAUUGCACUUCACAGACAAUGCAUUUUUUUUUUUUAAUCAAAUUGAAGGUCUGUGACAACCCUGCAUUGAGUAAGUCUAUUGGCACCGUUUUCCCAAUAGCAUUUGCUCACUUGUGUCUGUCACAUUGGGGUAACUCUCCCAAUAUUUGAGACGUUUUCAUUAUUAUAUGUAUCAUGGUGAUCUGUGAUCUUUGAUGUUACUAUCGCAAAAAGAUUACAGCUCGACUUGCUGAAGGCUCUGAUGAUGGUUAGCAUUUUUUAACAAUAAAACAUUUUUAAGGUAUAUACAUAGUUUAGGCAUAAUGCUAUUGUACACAUUAAUAGACUAUAAGAUGGUAUAAAAAUAAGUUUUAUAUGCACUGAGAAACCAACAAAUUUGUGUGAUUUGCUUUACUGUGGUGGUCUGGAACCAAAUCUGCAGUAUCUGAGGUCUGCUUCUGCGUGUUAUCAGCUAAGGCUGGCUAUUUUUCAGCAUCAUUCAAAUACUGCCUUUGGGGCUUAGGUCACCAUGGUAAAUAAUCAAGUAGAUGAACUUAUUUAAUAGUUUAAGAAGUGGUGGCUUUUUGCAUUACAAAUCACCUUGAAUUCAGCUAGCAGGUACUCUGUACAGGGUUUUCUCAUGGGAGGCCCUUCUGUGCUGGUAACCCAGUGUCUGAAUUAUAGACCCCCAAUACCCCAGCUGGAGGAGGGUGGAGAAUUCUAAGCCAGAGUACUCAGACCUCUUCUCGGCAAGAAAAAAAAUAGGUCCAUCCAUCACUUUAUUUUUCCCACUUUCUGUUAAACAAAAAUAGAUGAGACUGACACUUCGAUCCAAAAAUUCAUUUUAAAUUAUGAAUGCUGUGGGGAGGCAAUUCCUCUUCAUAGAAGGCUACAUUCUGAAUGUGCUCUAUGCUAUGCAGUGACUGAAAAAUGAACUGUAAAUGCUACUAGAGAACAUAGUCUUCUGCUAAACAAAAUUAUGCUAAACAAUAACCUUACCGCAGGACACACUUCUCCUUAGGGGCUGGUAUAUAUGCAUUUUAUUUAUUUGACUUUGCCAGGCUUUGAUCAAUGUACCAAUCCUAUUGUCUAGAGCAGUGUGCUGAUUUUGCAUGCAUGGUGGAUGUUUAAUUUGUAAAAUGCUACAUAUUGUAUCAAAGGGGCUUUGAACUAUGUAUAUUUUUCUUGUUUGUUCUGUUUUCAUAUCCUUCCACUAUAAAUAGCCUGAACUGUCUCCUGAGUGCUCCUAAUGCCAAUGCUAAUGUCCUCUGGGGACCUGAAGCUACUUUUGCUUUCCCUCGGCAAAAAGUCACUGAGACCUGCUGCUAGAAACCGACUUACUUUAGGGGCAGGAGGCAGUGGGCAUGAGGGCUAGCAGCUGGAACAUGCUAUGUUACUCAGCACCUGUUUUUUAUCUCAACAUCACCUACUUAUUCCCUUCCUCUACUUCAGAUUUUAAUGAACAUUAAUAAGCAAGAAAUGAAGAAAAUAAGCCUUUCAUCACCUCUAUUAAAAAUUAGACUAAAUCAUGUAGUUAUUAUGCAAAUAUUUAAGAUAUGUAAGAAAGAAAGAGUUGUACACUGUGGUGGCAACAACAUAAAAAAAUAAGCACCUUAUGCACAAAUUGGAGAGGAAUAUGCAAAAGUCAAGAUAGUUGUGCUGAGAUGCUGGUACUAUACCUACCUGUUUUUUCUGCUUUUCUGAAAUAAAAUGAGUAUAAAGGACAUACUACAGAUAGAAUGUGUGAUAUGAGUCUACUUGCAUGAAAAACAGAUAGCCAUGUAUCUCAAUGCCUGGGAAAUCUCAUUUAAGAGGUCACAAGAAACCCAACAGUGUCUGCUUUGAGGAAAGGAUGUAGAGGUUGGGACAAGAGGCAUUGGUCAGGGGGGUGGGGUGGGGUGGUUCAUCUUUCUGUUAGAAUUUUGCAUGCAUUAUCCUGAGUUAAAAAAUAACAACAAAACCCCCCAAACAUUAAAAACUAGAGACAGACUUAAGACAGAAAGAAAAGAAGCCAUCCAAGCAAGUGCUAAAAGUCUGGGUUACAUUAAACAGCAGCUGAGGCAGUCUCUUCCCACAACGGCCCUAAGAUUGGCCAGUAAUCCUGUUGGACUGUGUUGUGAACAUUAGCAAUUUAAAAAGAUGUAGGCAUAUGCUGCUACAGCAGAUUCCCACUGGGGUGUGGUGGAUGAGGUAGUGUUGGGCUCCAGUGAGGGUGAGAUAGGUUCUUCUAACUAACUGGUAUCCUCACCAUUAAAUAUCAUUCUUAACUUUAAAUAUACCUUUAUUUACUGCU